CACGGUAGUGUGUGUGUUACCCUUAGCUGGGGACAGAGGUUGACUGCAGAGCAGUAUUGAGUGAUUUUUGGGAAACAUGUUUAAAAUAAUAAACAAACAGACCCUCAGACAGGUGGGCAGUCUUAUGCACAGGUCUCAGAGUACGUUGGUAAUUGCAGAACACACCAAUGAGAAGCUAACCCCUAUCACUCUCAAUGCCAUCACUGCUGCCAGUAAGCUGGGGGGAGAGGUGUCUUGUUUGGUCGCUGGCACAGACUGCGCUAAGGUUGCAGAUGAAUUAAGUAAAGUGCAGGGUGUUAAAAAAGUUCUGGUGGCCGAACAUGCUGCAUACAAAGGUUCCCUGCCAGAGGAAUUGGCACCAUUGAUAUUGGCCACCCAGCAGCAGUUCAGCUUCACUCAUAUCUGUGCAGGAGCCUCUGCCUUUGGAAAGAGUCUUCUGCCUAGAGUAGCUGCCAAGCUUGAUGUUGCCCCUAUUUCUGACAUUAUUGCGAUCAAGUCCCCCGACACCUUUGUUAGGACCAUCUAUGCUGGGAAUGCUCUCUGUACUGUGAAGUGCAAUGAGAAAGUGAAGGUCUUCACUGUCAGAGGAACAUCCUUUGAGGCAGCACUGACCACCGGGGGCAGCGCUACUUCAGAACAAGUUUCUACUCCUGUUCCGGUUGGAAUGUCUGAAUGGCUUGAUCAGAACCUGACUAAGACCGAUCGUCCAGAGCUGACGAGUGCAAAGGUGGUGGUGUCAGGCGGGAGAGGGCUGAAGAGUGGUGACAACUUUAAGCUGCUGUAUGAUCUGGCUGAUCAGAUGCAUGCUGCAGUUGGGGCUUCAAGAGCUGCUGUUGACGCUGGAUUUGUCCCCAAUGACAUGCAGGUUGGACAGACCGGAAAAAUUGUGGCACCUGAACUUUAUAUAGCUGUCGGCAUUUCUGGAGCUAUUCAGCAUCUGGCUGGCAUGAAAGACAGCAAGACAAUUGUUGCAAUAAAUAAGGACCCAGAAGCCCCUAUUUUCCAAGUUGCUGACUACGGUUUGGUGGCUGACCUAUUCAAGGCUGUUCCUGAAAUGACCGAGCUGCUGAAGAAGAAGUAAUCUAGGAACCAAACAACCUCCUGCCACACUUAACAGGAAUACUUGUUUGUUCUCCAAAUGUACGCCUGGGAGGGGAAUAGCAGCCUUAAAAACAAGGCUCAGAAUGCGUUUGCACAUGUUGCCUUGUAUUUGUUCUCUGUCAUUUGUGUGAUCUGUAAUUAAAGUCAUUUUAACUAGU